AAACCGGAAUUGCCAGAGGCGGAUCGGAGAAAACGAAAAGGCUUUGUUUAGUAUCUCCGACGAUCUAUCAUAUAUGGAGUUGCCUCCGGGGUUUCAAUUCAAUCCUACCGACGAAGAGCUUAUUACUCACUACUUAUACCCAAAGGUUGUGGAUAGUACGUUUUGCGCAGAACAUAUUGCCGAGAUUGAUAUGAACCGAUUUGAAGCCCGGGAUUUGCCUGCGACGGCGAAAAUGGGUGGAAAAGAACGGUACUACUUCUGCGUGAGAGACAAGACUCAGCCGCCGGAGCUGAGAACCAGCAGUGCAGGGCACUGGAAAGCAACAGGCAAGUCGUCUAAGAAGAUUUGCAGAAUUGAAGCCAACUUGAAGACGACUCUGGUUUAUCAGAGUUCAACCGGAAGUGCGGAGAAAAACUGUGUAAUGCAUGAAUACAGAUUAGAGGGCAUCAAGAACUCCAUGCGCCAUCUUCCAGAAAAUGCUAAGAAUGAAUGGGUGAUAUGUAAAGUGUUUUGGAAGAGUUCUGGAAGUUUAGUAGAAUCUAUUAAUAUAGAUGAUAUUGAGAAGUGUUUUGGCAUGUCUCUUGAUGAAGCUGCUAAGGAGUGUGGAGUUAGCAGAUCUACUUUUAAACGGGCAUGCAGAAGGCAUAAGAUACAACGAUGGCAAACAAAGAAGAAAAAGAAAGUGAGCCAACAGGGAGAUGAACAUGAACAAACUGUUCAAGAUGAUCAUCAAUCCAACAAUUUGGGUAUAGGGAAUGGUAUAAUGGCAUCAAGUUCUAUGUGCACUACAAAAAGUACAACGUCGCCGCCUUCACCUAGUUUGUUGGUUAAGGUGGAACACGACAAUGACGUUGUUAUGUUUGUGCUCUCCAAUGUAACCGUGGAGGGUUUGAAGAGAGGUUUUGAAGAGAUUCAAAUUGGAAGCUGA